AUGGAAUCAGAAAACCACACAAGGGUAGGAGAAUUUCUACUUAUGGGUCUCUCAGAGGAUCCAGACGUGCAACCCCUCCUCUUUGGACUGUUCCUGUCUGUGUACCUGGUCACAGUGCUUGGGAACCUGCUCAUCAUCCUGACUGUCAGCUCUGACUCCCACCUCCACACCCCAAUGUACUUCUUCCUAUCCAACCUGUCAUUCACUGACAUCUGUUUCUCUUCCACAAUGGUACCAAAGAUGCUUGUGGACAUCCAGAGACAGUGUCAUACCAUCAGUUACACAGGCUGCCUCAGCCAGAUUUCCUUUGCCCUGACUUUUGGUGGAAUGGAAAACUUUCUUCUUGCAGUUAUGGCCUAUGACCAUUAUGUGGCUAUCUGCAAUCCCCUUAGGUACACAGUCAUUCUGAGUCCCCAUCUGUGCGUCCUACUGAUUGUACUGUCUGUUUCCAUCAGCAUUGUGGAUGCAUUGCCUCACAGUCUGAUGGUGCUGCAACUGUCCUUCUGCACAGACCUGACAAUCCCACACUUCUUCUGUGAACUUGCCCAGCUCAUAAAACUUGCUUGUUCUGACACUUUCAUCAAUACCAUUUUGGUGUAUAUGGUGACUGGCAUAUUGGGUAUUGUUUGUCUCAUUGGGAUUAUUUUCUCUUAUGUUAAAAUCUUCUCAUCCAUCCUUAGAAUGUCUUCAGCUAAGGCAAAGCAGAAAGCCUUUUCUACCUGUGGAUCACAUCUCUCAAUCGUCUCUUUGUUCUAUGGGGCAGGUUUUGGGGUAUAUGCUAGCUCUGAAUUCACAAGUUCAUCUAGCAGUUCUGCAAUUGCUUCCUUGAUGUACACGGUGGUCCCUCCACUUAUGAAUCCAUUUCUCUACAGCCUGAGGAACAGAGACGUGAAAGAAGCCUUGAAGAAAAUCAUCAGACCAUAUCCUUUCGUGAGAUUGUCUCAUUUGCUUUGA